CCAGCACGCAAUGCACCUCCAGUAACUUAAGCCCUGGGCGACUUAAUAAAUCGCCAAGCGCUGUCGCCGUGGUGGCUGAUAAGCGAAAGCGACGUCCGGCAGAAUAGCGCUGAUCCGUGGGGCUUAUCAUCUACUUGAACAUUCUGACCUUGACCCUACAACAACGAACCUUGAUCCGCGUCAGGCUGGGUUUAAACAGAUGACCACUGCCUGCACCAAUGUCGACACGUGCGCAAUCUGCUAAAGAAUGGGUUUGCCCAACUUGCGGCAAGGAAUUCCAUCACAAUACUCACUGGAGACGUCACCAAGCCAAUCACAAUAACCCCAAUCGGUUUCAAUGCAGCCAGUGCUCCAAAACCUUUGCUCGAGGCGACGUAUACAAAAAGCACAUCAUACGAUGCGCAAAACACCAUGGCUCCUCCACGUUAGCGACAUGCGCGAAGCAGCAGACAACCGCCGAUGUGGCGCGGAGAAGCCGCCCCAGCAAGCCUUCUGAAGCUCCCAAACUCGGCCCGCCAUUGUCGUCCAUGACAUUCCUAUCUGGUCUUCUCGAUCCCAGCAAACCCACCAUACAGCAUUAUCUCAAUUCUACCAACAACGGAGGCAACUUCAAUGACGAUGCCCCUGACGAGCCAGACCCAAGUCUUCCUCACAAGCCGCCUCACCCAACGCCACUGGCAAUGCCCAACUUCAAUGAGUUUCGAGAUCUCUUCCCACCUUGUGUGGAUUCCAUGUUGGAUGAUAUUAUUGACAGCUUUGACCCCAAGCAAAACUCCGACUUGUUGUCGCCUACCAGGCGCUCACCGAUACCAAUCUUCUCUGACGACGUGGGUUUCGAUAUGCUAACUCGCAUGUCUGACGAUAUUGUGCGUGAACUGCAUGCCUUCCACCGGACCCUGCCAGAAACAGAUGACAAAAACUUCGACGUCCACCAGGCAAGAGUAGUACUAUGUGCAGACCAUCUACGCGCAUUUUGCGCCACCUUUUUUCGCAUAAGCAUCAUCUACGUGCCAAUCAUCCACUAUGCUACCUUUGGGAUGUCAGACACUUCCAUGAUACUUGUGCUUGCCGUCGCCAUCACUGGCGCAUUCCGCUCAACGCCAAUCAAUCACGCUCUUUUAGCUAGGGGAUACGGCGAACUGGUGGACAAGUACAUCUUGAGCAAACUAGAACAGCUGAUUGCGUCAGAGCAACACCUUACACCGCAAGGUUUACAAGUUUUGCAAGCUGCUCUUCUCGUCCAACACCGUCUUAACAUGGACAGUGCGUUCCUCAAAUCUCGCCUUCAAACAAUUCCCAUACUCAUUCGCGCGCUGCGGCACUUUAAAUUGCACGAGCUACAGUACCAACCCGGCCUGGAUUGGCAGCAAUUCAUCACUAAUGAGACAAUCAUACGGGUCGGUACCGGAAUUAUAGCCGCUUCUUGGAACCAUUCUUGGAUGUUUUAUUAUCCACCACAAGUGUCUAUUGGCGAGGUUACAUGCAGCUUCUUGCACUCCGACAAACUGUGGAACGCCUUAGAUUCUACAUCUUACAUUUUGAUGAGAGAAGCGUUGGGCCAAUCUACCGUUGCGCCCUCUCAGUACUCAAAACUAACUACGUCAGUCAAAUAUUUAGUCGACGAGUUGAUGGCAGAUGAGUUUAUAGAUAUAGACGACAUUUCAUUUGAUGUAUUGCCUGUCGAAUAUCUGUAUACCGCGGCAUUGGCGCUGCUAACAUCGAGCAUUACGGCUUGCCAAAUGGAGAUUGUUGAAGCUGCAGCUCCUCAGCUGCUCCGUGCUCUUGGAAGAUGGCAGCUGCUCUGGGAAAAGGUCAUGGCGCCGCUGAGUGCCAGCCAGAUCUCCAAAAUUGGGCUCGCUAAACACUCAAACGACUACUGCAUCAUAGCACGCGCGCUGCUCCAAGCUCAGCUGCAGCAGGUGAAGCAUCCUUACUUUGACAGCAUCGGGCAUGGCUCACCCCACGUACUGUACGAUUUGAUGAAGGAUUUGAGUACUUCAGCUUCUUUUAUCUAUUAUAGCGAAUAGUAAAAGCUACAAAUUUGUAUUUUACAGUUUGCAAGAUACUCAAUAAGGCCCAAAAUAUCACAUGACUUACUCAGUACCUCCUGAUACAUACUAGCUAGUAAGAGGCCU